AGCUGCUGCUGACGGAGGAAAAGAUGGCACAGGGGAUUCAACUGGAACGCGACAGAUUUUGCUGCUCGCUCUGCUUAGAUCUGCUCAACAAUCCAGUGUCUGUACCUUGCGGUCACAGCUUUUGCCUGACCUGCAUCAACAAGCGCCUAGACAGUGAAGAAAAUUCAGGCAUUUACAGCUGCCCGCAAUGCAGGGAGAUCUUCAUGUCGAGGCCUACUCUGGUAAAAAACAGCAUGAUAGAACUGGUAGUUCAAGAGCUAAGGAAGAAAGAUCCGCCUGACGUCCAGCCUGGACCUCCAGAUAAUGAUGGUGAUGUAGAACCUGGAGCUGUAGUGUGUGAUUUCUGCUCUGACAGGAAGGUAAAAGCCAUAAAAUCCUGCCUCCAGUGUAUGGCUUCCUACUGUGCCACGCACCUCCAGCCUCACAAUGAAGUGCCACCUUUAAGGAAGCACAAGUUGGUGGAACCAACUGCCGACCUCGAGGAGAGCAUCUGCCCUCAGCAUCAAGAAGUGAUGAAGAUGUUCUGCCGGACCGAUCAGCGCUGCAUCUGCUACCUUUGCUCCAAGGAUGAUCACAAAGGCCACAUCAAAGUCUCCACGGCUGCUGAGAGGGCAGACAGGCAGAAGGAUCUUCAGACAGUUAGACAAAAAGUCCAGCAGAUGAUCCGGGAGAAGAGGAAAGAUGUGGAAGCUUUUCAGCAGGAGGAAGAUUCACUAAGUAAUGCCGCUGGCAUUGCACUGAGCUCCACCGACCAGGUCUUUACUGACUUCAUUAGGACAACUGAGAAAAAACUAGCUCAUAUGAAGCAAAAGAUGCUCUCCCGGCAGAACUCUGAGGUGGGUCGGUUCAGAAACGUUAGGAACAAGCUGGAGGAUGAGGUUAAAGAGUUGAACAGGAAGGAUGUGGAGCUGGACAAACUGUACCAUACAGAAGACCAUACCCAUUUCCUGUUAAAGUAUCCUUCACUGUCUCGUCUGAGUGAACCUAAAGGUCAGCCAAGCAUCAGGCUCCGCCGCCAGCGGAACUUUGAGAGGGUUACUGCCACUGUUAGCGAGGCCAAAAAGAGACUGCACAAGGUUCUUGAUGAAGAAUGUGAAAAGAUUAUUCUUGCAAUCACUGGAGCGAGUUUUCCCACCACACCACAAACAGAACCAGAGGAGACCCGGUUUAAGUCCUCUCAGAUCAAACCAGAGCAUGGACAGACCACCGCUGAGUUUGUUCAAGGCAGAAUCUUACAGACCCUCGUUAGUCCCAAUCUGAACAGAGCUGACUUUUCAAAGCCUAGAUUUCGUGAUUCCAGACACUCUAGACAGGUCUCACUGGACUUGUAUAGGGAAGAACCAACGGUUAGAUUUGCACAAAAUGGUGAUUUGGGUAAAGAAACGGAGGAAUUCCUCCCUAUCAAUAGAAAAGAGAAUCCUGAUCUUAUAAAAACAAACAAACUUCCUGAAAGGAGUCCUGAUGUUUUACUGGGAAGAAUUAAAACACCCAGGAAGGUUUUACAAACUAGAGCUCAAUUUCUUCAAUAUGCAUGUCAAAUCACCCUCAAUCCAGACACUGCUAACCCAAACCUAAUGCUAGACAAAGAGAACCGAAAAGUCACCUGUAUAGGUGAAGAACAGAACUAUCCCAACCACCCGGAAAGGUUUGCGUACACCUGGCAGGUCCUGAGUCAACAGCCUCUAACUAACCGCUGCUACCUGGAAGUGGAGAGAAACACCAGGGGAGUCAUGGUGGCCAUCUGUUACAAAGGCAUCAGCAGAGCUGGGACAUUCAGCCAAUGUAUGUUUGGGGAAAAUAGUCAAUCUUGGGCUAUUGAUUGUUUCAAGAACAGCUGUGAGUUCAGGCACAACAGGAUCAGAAUGUCCAUCCCAGGCACAUGGUCCUCCAAAUUAGGAGUUUAUGUGGAUCAGUCCGCAGGUGUUCUGUCGUUCUACAGCGUCUCUAAAACCAUGACUCUCCUCCAUAAAGUCCAGACCACAUUCACAGAGCCUCUUUACGUUGGACUCUGGCUGUCAGACGGAGCAACUGCAGAGUUCUGCAAGCUGGAGUAAAUAUGAUUUAUUUUAGUUUUUUUCAGUUUGAGGAGGGGACAUUUUGAGCGAAAAACGGUAUGCAACUAAUAGCUGCAGUACAGUGUAUGUCAGUAACCCGUUG